ACAUUGCAUCACUACCUAGUUCAAAAUACUUUUGGCGCAUCAAUAGCGCUUAUCACCGAGCAACAUCUCUUUUGCAGAUUUUGAACUUGAAAUUACCUACUUACAAGAAUUCAACAUGGUUGAAAUUCUCCGAGCCCCCUCACUGGGACAGUCGUUAUCCCCAGGGACAUCUGAUAUGAUGGAGAUGUCGAACAGAUUCCUCGAAGUCGAUCUCGGUCCAGCCUCGGACUCAUCGGCGGUAGCAAUGCAGCAACAGAAGGGAUCCGUGAAGGAAGCAGGAUCCAAAAAGGGCCUUUCUCAUGUGCCUCGGCGUGCUUUCACCUCGACUGAUUAUCCGGCGUCGGUCAACGCAUCCACCGUUCUGCGGAAACAACACCGUCUGCUCACUCCAGUCGGCACGCCGCGGGCGGUGGCAGAAAAGGCGGAGACAGAUUCGUAUUUCGAGUCGCAACCGCACGAAUCUACUUCAAACCCGAUCUCCCCAUCACCCCGAGCGACAAACCCCGCCCAGACCAAGCGCCCGAUUCUACCGGGUCCGCUACGGUCGUACUCAGUGACUGACGUCGAACCAGUGCCCUUCACGCACCAGCCGGGAGUAGCGCUCACGCUAGAGGAUCUUCCGCCGGAGCUGCACUACGCCGUCUUCGACUUCCUAGACCCGAUCGAUAGCACGUGCCUAGGGCUGACGAGCACGCACUUCUACGCCAUUCACAAGCGGAUGCACGGGAAGGUGGCGCUGUCGGCGCGACGGCAAGGACCAAACGACAUGGAGUGGGUGUGGCGGAACGCGUUCAUCUCGGGACCGUUCGUGGCAGGCGGCGGCGUGGGCAAGCAAAACUCCCUCGCGAUGCUGUCCCCGCGCGGCCAGGUCUACUGUCGCAAGUGUCGGACCGCGCGCUGUGAGCUACAUAACCACAUCCGUGAAUGGGUUGGCAACGACGCGGAAUACUGUGAGGUAUCCCAGAAAUUCGGACCCGCUGCCCCCGAGAAGGCCAAAGCGUUCUGCUUCAGGAGCUCCCCGAAGCACCCGCACCGGUGCGGCAGACAUACGCGCCAGCAGCGAGCAGUUCGUCUUUCUUGAUGAUUGCGAAAUGAACGCUUACCUCAUUCGCAAGAUGAAAUAAACUCGAUAUACAUA